UAGGCUGCUUAUGCCUCUGCAGUUGACCAGCUUGCUGCCUUGUUAGAUGUUUAGAAAAUGAUAUCUUUAACAUUAUUUUUCCUUUUUGUUUUUUCCACCUUCUCUGCCUCAAUUAAAGUACAAACAGGGCCAAGGCUUAACAAUGACAAAGUAUACAAAUACACCUAUACAACUGAAGUGUUGAUCAAUAAACCAAGAGGACUAAUUGAAGAUAGUGUGGGCUAUAAGAUUUCCUCAGAUGUAGAGGUUAACUUAGUAUGGAGGAAUCCAAAUAAUAAAGAUGAUCAGCUCAUCAGAAUUGUGAUGAAAAAUAUUAAAGUUGAUGGUGUAAGUGACCGACCUCAAGACAAAAAUAUAUUCACUGGAACCACUGCAGCUAAAAUAUUUGGGGAAAACUAUAUGACCGCCCUGCAAAGGCCACUCCUCCUGCAAUGGAGUCUUGGCAAGGUUAAAAGUUUUUACUCCUACCAGAAUGAACCCACUCUCCUUCUAAAUAUCAAGAGAGGUCUAGCGAGCCUGUUCCAGAUACAGUUUAACUCCGGCGCUGUCAAUGAGGCUGAUGUCUCUGGUACCUGCAAAGUUACAUAUCAAACACGUGAGAACCAGAUAAUCAAAAUCAAAGAUCUUGAAAGCUGCAAGAUAUCAAAAUCUGGAUUUACAAACUCCAAUAAGGUCCUGGGAGUGACUACUAAACAAACAUCAAGUACAAGCUAUGUUAUUGAGGAUGACAUUAUUAAAUCUGUGUUGGCAGAAGAAAAUCAUGUCUUGACUCUCAAUUCAUAUCAGGUCAUUGCAGCUAAAAUUGUAUGCAAGCAAAAACUGGGGCUGGCAUCCAUUUCAAACGGACCCAAAGAAACUGGAGGAAAGCAGAUUUCAUCAGUGGUUAAGGGAAUUGAUGCAAAGUACAUGUCUCUACCCUUAGUGGCAGAUGAGCUAAAAUCAGAGUGCAAAACCUGCCCAUCACUUUUACAGGAAUGGAAGGCCAAUCGUAACAACUUCAUACCCAAAAAUCUAUCAAAAACUGGUGCAGGCCGUAGCUUUCUAGCAUUAAUUCAGAGCCUUCGAAGAGCUAAGAAAUCAGACAUUCUGAAGAUACUAAAAUCUGAAAAGGAUGAUGUGCUUCCUCAACUCAUUGAUGCUGUGACUUUUGCUCAGACAUCUGACUCAUUGGAAGCGGUACUGGAAUUUCUGGAUUUCAAUAAUAGCCGUAGCUCUUUGUUGCAAGAGAGAUUCUUAUAUGCCUGUGGCCUGGCCUCCCAUCCUAAUGAGCUUAUGUUGAGAGCUCUAGUAGAUAAAAAUAAAGGAAUCAUUGCAAACGAAGAAAUUAGAGAAACAGUGGUCAUAAUUAUGGGGGCCCUUAUCAACCAGCUGUGUAAAGAAGGAGGAUGUAAACUACCGGCAGUUCUGGAGGCCAAGAAGGUUGUCCUGGAAGGAUUACAGAAUCCCAAAAAACCUUCUGAUAUUAAGACUCAUCUAUUAGCCCUGAAAAAUGCCAAUCUUCCAGAAGGAAUUCCAUUGCUGUUACAAUAUUCUGAGUCUGGGGAGGGACCCAUCAGCAGCAUUGCCAUCAAUGCACUCAAGAAAUAUGAUACAGCAUUCAUCACUGAGGAGGUAAAGAAAACUAUGAACAGAAUUUAUCACCAAAAUUAUAAAAUCCACGAGAAGACAGUGAGAACAGCUGCCGCAUCUAUUAUAUUGAGCAAUAAACCCUCCUACAUGGAUGUUAAGAAUCUGCUUCUUUCUAUCGGGGAGCUCCCGAAGGAAAUGAAUAAGUAUAUGCUCUCUAUAUUCCAAGAUAUUCUCCAGUUCCAGAUGCCAGCCAGUAAAUUAGUUCGACAGAAUCUGAAGGACAUGUGGAUCCAUAAUUAUAAUCGUUUUUCAAAGUCUGGAUCUUCAUCUGCUUACUCUGGAUAUAUUACACGUGGAACAGAUUCUUCUGCAACCUAUAGUCUAGAUAUUCUAUACUCUGGAUCUGGCAUCCUAAGAAGAAGUAACAUGGACACCUUUCUCUAUUCAAAAAACACUGAACUACACGCUAUACAGGUUGUGAUUGAAGCUCAGGGUCUUGAAUCCUUAAUAGCCGCCACUGCAGAUGAAGGUGAGGAAGACCUUGAGACCUCUGCUGGCAUGUCGGCCAUUUUGCUUGAUGUACAGCUUCGGCCUGUUACAUUUUUCCAAGGGUACAGUGAUUUAAUGUCAAAAAUACUAUCUACAACUAGUGAUCCAAUGAGUGUGGUGAAAGGACUGGUGCUUUUGACAGAUCAUUCUGAGACUAUCCAACUUCAAUCCGGGCUGAGAGCCAAUGCAGAGUUCCAGGGCGGUUUGGCAAUUGAUAUAUCAGGUGGAAUGGAGUUCAGUCUAUGGUACAGAGAGUCUAAAACCAGUGUUAAUAAUAGAGGGGCCAUGGUGAUUUUGGGGAACGUAACGGUUGAUUCAGGAUUCAUAGAUGCUGGUAUGGGAAGUCGCUUUGAAACAGAGUCAUCCUUUGAUUUCAUUUCAACCGUGAAGUUUUCGUCAUAUCCAUUUUUAGUGUGCAUGCAAAUGGAUAAAGGAACAUUUCCUUUUAGACAAUACAUUACCAAAUAUGAGAGAUUGGCUUCUGGCAAAGCCUAUGUGUCCCGGAAAGGAAAAGUGCAAACUGUGGAAGGUUCCGAGCUUCCUCUCCAUAAAGAAAACUCCAACAUGUGCAGGGAAGUCUUUGGAGAACAAUCCAGCUCAUCGGACAGCUGGUUUUGAACAUUCCAUACUACUGAGUCAAUGGUUCCCUUGCGGAUAGUUGUGUGUGUACUUUGUGUUUAGUACUCACAUAAUGUUUACAUAUUUACAUGUAUUUAAGUCAUUUUUAAAGUGUUCUAAAACUAAAGCGUUAACAUUUCGUUCAUGCACUAAUAUUGUAACAAAUUAAAGGGUUAUUUUUUUUGUAACUUUUUGAAACAGGAAACACACGCAGUAUUUGCCUGAUUAAUAAUAAUGAAAAUUCACUAGACACAAAAAGAAACAGCUGUAAGUCAUGUAUUCGGUUACAAGUGUUAGUGUCGUUUUUUUGUUUUGUUUUUUUAAUACAUCCCACUUUUUUUUUU